CAACACAAGGAUCUGGAGGGGGAUUUCUUUCCUUUCCUGUAAUCUGCAGCAGGAGCCGCAGCCUCUGGACCCUGCCGGAGCCCCGGCUCCGAUCAGCCGUCUGUCGGCAAUGAACGCUUCGUGCCGCCUGCUCUCUGCUCGACCAACGCUGCCUAAUGGCUCAGGGCACCUUUCCUUCGGCAACCAGAGCAGCAAGAGCUUCUGCGAGCAGGUUUUCGUCAAGCCGGAGGUCUUCUUGGCUCUGGGCGUCAUCUGCCUGAUGGAGAACAUCCUGGUCAUCCUGGCCGUGCUCAGGAACGGCAACCUGCACUCGCCCAUGUACCUCUUCCUCCGCAGCCUGGCCGUGGCCGACAUGCUGGUGAGCGUGUCCAACGCCCUGGAGACCGCCAUGAUCGCCGUCGUCGACAGCGACUCCCUGACCUUCGAGGACCAGCUCCUCCAGCACAUGGACAGCGUCUUCGACUCCAUGAUCUGCAUCUCCCUGGUGGCCUCCAUCUGCAACCUCCUGGCCAUCGCCGUGGACAGGUAUGUCAGCAUCUUCUACGCGCUCCGCUACCACAGCAUCACGACGGUGAGGAGGGCGCUGGGCCUGAUCGCGGCCAUCUGGCUGUGCUGUGGCGUCUGCGGCGUGGCGUUCGUCGUCUUCUCUGAGAGCAAGAUGCUCAUCGUGUGUCUCGGCACCAUGUUCCUCAGCACUCUGCUGCUCACGGGCACCCUCCACGCGCCCAUGUUCCUCUGCCGGCCGCACGUCAAGCGCAUCGCGGCACUGCCCCCCGCCGUCGGGGUGGCGCCGCAGCAGCGCUCGAGCAUGAGGGGGGCCGCCACCACCCCCGUCCUGCCGGGGGUGUUCAUCUUCUGCUGGGCCCCCUUCUUUCUCCACCUCGUCCUCAUCGUCCCCUGCCCCACCAACCCCUACCGCGUCUGCUACACCGCCCACUUCAACACCUACCUGGUCCUCAUCGUCUGCAACUCCACCAUCGACCCCCUGAUCUACGCCCUCCGCAGCCUGGAGCUGCGCAACACCUUCAAAGAGAUGCUCUGCAGCUGCAAUGGCACGAACGCUGGAGAGGAUGCGGGACCACAGGAAGGAAGGGUUAUCGGUGACUGCUGCCUCAGGACUGCGGAUCAGGUGACACGGGGCCCCCUCAAUACCAGCCCCGAGGGUGGUGCCCGGCUCAUGAGUCCUCCACGUCUUGGGCACAGCAACCACAUCUGCGACCCAAGGCAGCCCAAGGAGACUCUCAGUACUUGA